UUGAUGAGUUAUCAUUUAUUUAAAAGAUAUCUAGUGUAGUUUAGUUGUGGUCUUGUUUUGUGUGCCCCAUUACUUACUGCUGAAAUUUAAUAUUAAUUUAACUGUUGAUCGAUCCACAAAGUUAUUAACCUAAAGAAAGAAACAUUUUUUUUCGUUAUCAAGUAUUGGUACCUUAAUAGAGUUUUUCUGCCUACGUUAAGAAUUAUUUGUUAUAUAUUAUAUAACAAUACAAUUUGAAUGUUUUCCAUGUUAGAGUUCAAGAAUAGGGUGUAACCUUUAGCGCAGGCAAGGUUUUACUUAGGAGAUAACUGAAAAUGUCUAAAGCUCUUGGAAAUUGUGAAGGAUGUGGCUGCACGUGCCACCGUUGUGGUGACUCAGCCAACCUUCAUCUUCAUGUAGAGAUAGAGAACCUCAAGCAGCGGUUAUUGGAACGGGAACAUCACAUUGUCAAGAUGGAGACAAACUUCCUAAAGGAAGCGGAGAAGUUUCCCAAUGGCGAGAUGGCUGCUUUGACGGACGAACUUCUUGUAUGGCAGGACAAAUACUCAAGGUUGUACGAAUCUCACAAGAGGGUUCAGAAAGUGAAUCAGAACCUGGAGGACAAACUGCUGAGGAUCGUAGACAAAUUUGAAACAGAAAAGAACAGUUUGACCAGUGAAGUUGCCUCUUUGACUCGGAGAUUAGUGGACGAGAAGUUCAACAUAUCUAGGUUACAGGAGGAAAAUGAGAGGUAUCGUAACGACGUCAACCUGGCCAUUCAGUUGCUUCAGUGCAAACCCUCAAAUUUUGUGUCUCAACGGUAUGACUCUUUGCCUCAUGAUAUGCAACAGAAGGUUCGCAACUACAUCAGCAGCAAGCGACGGAUCUCUGAUGGCAACGGCAACAUUCCUGCCAAGCCUGAGAUGAAGACUAUCAAAGUGCCCAUCCCUACCUUCCCUCCCACAGCCAUGGUCUACUCCGUCAACAAGGGGCCUUCAGAAAAAGAGACAUCAGAAGAGAAGCAAUGCAAGCAAGGCUCGGUUGACAUUGUGUCAGCAGCGAUCAUGGCCAAGAUACUGGAGGAGAGAGAAAAAGAGCGAGCCCACACUAAGCAUUGUGAGAGCUGUACCUGCCCAAUCAUUGGUGCGACACAAAAUGUAGCGACGCAGACGACAGUACAGAUGAGUGACAAGUGUUUGAACACAGGGUCGGACAUAGUGAUGCGCAGCUCCAGCCCGAUGUCUGUGCGGGGGAAGGCGGUGGAGACGAAAAACUGUGACUUUACGACCCUAGCGGCCGAGAGACUCGGCAGACGCAAAUGGGAGAGGGAGAACAGUGUGAGGGAGGGAGUGUUGGUAAACUUAGACACGAGUGACGAGAGUGAGGAGACGGACAAACCACGGGGGCCGAGACACUGCUCGGUUAGACUGCAGGCAGGCACUAGUAACAUACUGCUGGACAAUGUCGUGGACUCUUACACACCAGUGUUGUACAAGAGCAGACCCGACGCACUGGUUCACUCUCCCAGGUCAAGGUCAGGCUCUAGCAACUCCAGCGAGGAGAGACCUCUGCGAACCGAGACCCAGAUAUAACACAUCCACUAUCACUUUGUAGUCGUUUUAAUUUUCACACUGAAAGAAGGCAUUUUAACACUGGGCUUUUUUUCCUCGAAUUGGUUAUUUGAGAAAAACACAACUGUGGAAAAAAGCCUAAGUGAGUAACUUAAGUUGAUUGUCCGCAAAUUUCAAGUUCAAUGAAUAGUUCAAUAUGCAUUGAGGCUAUGUGAUUUAUGCUGGUUCUUUGUUAAAUGAAGUAUUUAGGAUUGAUGUUGAUUAUAGGAAGGGUAGGCUUACCUACAUAGUGGGCGAGUCUUCUCAAUAGGUAACGCAUAAAUAAAUAAACACACAAAAUUGAUGUGUGUUUCUCAAUCAAUUUUGUGUGUAUUUUAUUUAUGUAUUACCUAUUGAGACCACUAUGUAGGUAAGCCUGUUCUUCCUAUCCAAAACAUAAUCAAACCUAUUCUGGCCUAGAACCCUUUACCAAAAAAAGAAUAAUAUAAGUACUGUAUUUUCUUGGGGAAAGCCAAAAAAUAAUUAAAAGAC